AACCGGAAAGUCGUGAGUGACACUGGCAAACUUCUGUCGCUACCCCUGUCGACCAGGUGUCGUUUUCGGAAGAGUGACGUUGUUUCAUGGUUGCGUGUCGCGUCGUGUCGCGUGCCAGCACGCGUCGACCCAUUGAGAGGAAUUGUGCCGCCGGAAAUGAUCAUUUGUUCCUGGUGCCAAAACGUGGGCUCAAACCAGUUCUCGUUGCAAACGAACAAUGGGGAAAGAAGCUUUUGUUCAGAACUCUGCUUCAACAAAUACAGGAGAGCCAGUUUCAAGAAAAGCAAACUCUGCGACUGGUGCAAAGGUUUCCGCAAUUCCGCGGAUUACGUCGACUACCGAGAUGGAGAAUCGAAGCUGCUAUUUUGCAGUGAGACCUGCCUGAACAAAUACAAGAUGAACAUCUUCUGCAAAGAAACUCAAGCCCAUUUGGAACUGCUGCCAAACUUCCCUGAGCUGAUGAAGCAUUGCAGCUCCAUCAUCAACCACAACAACAAUACAUCUUCAGGAAAUUCUGAAACCAGCAAAAUCACUCCAGAUCUCUGGUUACAGCCAACAGGGGACUCAAGUGCAUCAGUGAAUGGGAAAACAACUAAAUUUAAGCAAGAACUCAAGGACUGCCCCUCAGAAACAAAGACAAGGAAGUGGAGAGUGAAUGCAAAUGGUGCAUGCAGUCCUAGACAUGGAUUCAAAAUGUCCACCCCUACCAGCAAUGGUACCAUGAAUGCCAGGGUUAAUGGUCAUGCCAUUCUUCAGCACCAAACAGUGAAAAAACCUGUGCAGCAGUUACAAGUUCUGCCAAAA